CCUCAGUGUUUUUCCAUUUGGGACCGCAAGCCUUCUCGAACCCAUCAAACUGCCAAGCGAAUCACCGCGAAGCAAAACAGCGAGAAAGCUCCGUCCAUAGAAGUGCUAGAACGCCAGAACCCGCCGCCGGCGAACCCGAAGACUGCGCCCAGCUAUGGACGCGCCGGGAGAGCUGCAGUGCGUGGGCAGGCUCGAGGUCGCCGCGCCGCCGCCGGCGCGCUACCUUCGCGUUGGCUCCCUCCCCGUCCCCACCGACUCCUCUGCCUCUCUCCCAGUCCUCCUGCCUUCUCCGUCCCCGAUUGGUGCUCCAAGGUAUCAAAUGCUGCCAUUAGAGACUGAUCUGAACACACUCCCUAUGAUUCCAAACAUCCCAGAGAAGGUUUUUUCAAGUGAUGCUAAGAGUACUGAAGGAUUACGGUAUGACAGUGGUCAUAUCAACCAGAACUUAUCAAGGAAGUGUGAAGCAUUAGCUGUGUCAGGUUUGGCAGAAUAUGGUGAUGAAAUAGAUGUGAUUGCCCCAGCUGAUAUCAUGAAGCAGAUUUUCAAAAUUCCAUACUCCAAGGCACAAGUAUCUAUUGCUGUAAACCGUAUAGGAGAUACACUCAUUCUAAACACAGGGCCUGAUGUUGAUGAAGGUGAAAAGAUAUUCAGAAGACAAGGUAACCAGCCUAAAGGAUCUGAUCCAUCAAUAUUUCUGAACUUCGCAAUGCACUCUGUGCGAGCAGAAGCUUGUGAUUGUCCCCCAAGUCAUCAACCUUCACAGAAGAAGCAAACAGCAUCUGCAGUAUUGCGUGGAUCUUUUGGCUGUGACGAGGGUUCUUUUGAUUCAUCCCCAUCAUCUAGUUUUAGCACAUCACCUUAUCUGGAUCAGAAUGACAGUAAAAGUAGAAAAGCUUCUCAUAGUACUCAUGAAAGCCUGUACCUGGGAGCAAUGGAAAACAAUCGAAAAGUCAAAGGGUCUGAUCCUAUUAAAAAAACGACUCGUGUUGGUGAAAAAAACAGCUGUGAGGUGCAAGAAUCUGAGAAGAGCAAGAGAGUGGGAAAUAAUGGAUUUCGGAAGGUUUGCUUUUGGCAAUUCCACAAUUUCCAUGUGCUUUUGGGUAGUGACUUGCUUAUAUUUAGCAACGAGAAAUAUAUUGCAGUCAGUUUGCACCUAUGGGAUGUUUCUAGACAGGUUACUCCAUUGAACUGGCUCGAAGCUUGGCUUGACAAUGUAAUGGCAAGUGUUCCAGAAUUGGCCAUAUGUUACCAUCAGAAUGGUGUUGUUCAAGGUUAUGAGCUUUUAAAGAAUGAUGAUAUAUUUCUCCUUAAGGGUGUCUCGGAUGAUGGCACACCUGCAUUUCAUCCACAGGUUGUCCAGCAAAAUGGCCUUGCUGUCCUGAGGUUCAUUCAGGAUAACUGUAAGCAAGACCCUGGUGCAUAUUGGCUGUACAAAGGCGCUGAAGAAGAUGUCAUACAGUUAUAUGAUCUGUCUAUCUUACCUGAAAAACAUACAGCUGGUGAUCAUAGAUCUCCAUGCGGUCCUAUGUCAUCUUUUAUAGACAAGGGAAGAAAGGAGUCAUUGUUCUCUUUGGGUACACUCCUUUAUCGUGUUGCUCACAGGAUGUCCUUGUCAAAGGUGCCUAGUAAUAGAGCAAAAUGUGCAAAAUUCUUCAGAAAAUGUUUUGAUUUUCUUAGUGAGCAGGAUCACCUGGUUGUCCGGGCAUGUGCUCAUGAACAAUUUGCAAGACUCAUCCUUAAAUGUUAUGAGGAUCUGGAACUGACUUCUGAAUCAUUUAUGAUUGAAUCUGAAGUCACCCUUACUGAUUUGGAUGACGAUUCUCCAGAAUUGAGACUUGAGAAUUUACCAGCAAAACAAAAUGUACUGCCAGAACUUGGCAAGAAUGAGCCAGCAGUGUUAGAUGAAGUGUUGGAAUGCACAACAUCAGUGUCUUCUGGUAUGACAAGCAGCUUAGUGGAACCAAGCCAAGUUGAUGGUGGUUCUUCAUCUUCAGUUACAAAAGAAGAUGUUUCUCUGGACAGCUUGGUGAUGUGUCAGGCUGGUAUAUCAAAAACAAUUGCUGAUGCAAUCUCCUCUAAGUUGGCUGCCAUACACCACGUAUCUCAAGCUAUCAAAUCCCUUAGAUGGAAUCGACAGCUGCAGAAUAAUACUCAGCAUGGUUGCGGGGACAGUGCAGAUACCAUUUGGGAGAGGUCAGUCGACUUCUCUUUAUGCCGAUGUGGUGAUGUUGAUUGUAUUGAGGUCUGUGAUAUCAGGGAGUGGCUGCCAAAAUCAAAAAUGGACCAUAAGCUGUGGAAGCUUGUUCUUUUGCUAGGAGAAUCUUAUUUGGCACUUGGAGAGGCAUACAAGAAUGAUGGGCAGCUUCAGCGCACCCUUAAAGUUGUUGAAUUAGCUUGUUUGGUAUAUGGGUCUAUGCCUGGACAUAUUGAUGGCGACGAGUUCAUCUCAUCCAUGUCCAACAGUUCAUUGAGUCGAGAAGAUCUUGCCCUAAAAACUAAACUUGUACUGGACGAGGCAGACUAUUGCAAUAACAAAAGAUGCUUCAGUUAUGAAGUUUCUUCCCACCAAUUGCCACCAAAUUAUUUGUUCUGGGCAAAGGCAUGGAUGCUUGUUGGUGAUGUCUAUGCAGAAUAUCACAGAUUGAAUAGUCAUCAAGCAAAGUUGGCACCAGAACAGAAGUCUCAUGGCGAAGUUAGAAUGUCAAAUGAAGUUGCAUUGGAGGUCAAACGCCUUAAGAGAAAACUGGGAAAGGAUAAGCAGAAUUGUGACACAUGCUCUUUGAUAAACUGUAGCUGCCAAAGUGACAGGGCAAGUAGUGGCAGCAGUGCUAGCAGCAGUAGUUCUGAGGCCUCUAAACUUUACAGCCGAAAGAAAAACAAAAAAUCACUUGGUAAGAACCUUCAACUUCAAUCACAAUAUAGAGAAGCCAGCAAGAACCCCAAUGCACAAGAAGCUACACAAGGUUCUGAAAGUAAACAGCAUGAUGUGAAUGAUACUUGUAUUGAGAACAACUCAGUAUUAAAUGAUGAUAUUGGUCACUACAGUCAGGCCAGGGAAAAUCAGUCAAGAAAUGUUGAUGGUGUUCCUGAUAAAUCUCAAGCAAGUGUUCCUACUGUGAGGGAUGGUGGUAUCUUCAAGUUCCUUGGUGGUCCAAAACCAGGAGAUGUUGAGUACAACUUGUCUUCUGCUAUUCACUGCUAUGGUGCAGCCAAGGGAGCAUUGUUCGCAUUUCCUGUGCAUUCAGUAGAAACUUCCAUGGUUCUUAAGAAAAGAGGCUGGGGAUUUAAUGAACUGGGCCGUUGUAGACUUGAGAAUAGAAAUCUGGUUAGCGCCGAGAUUGCUUUUGCGGAUGCUAUUAAAGCAUUUGAAGAGGUGUUUGACCACACAAAUGUUAUACUGAUCAACUGUAACUUAGGUCAUGGUAGGAGAGCUUUAGCAGAGGAAUGUGUAUCCAGGAUUGAUGAAUUUCAGAAACAUAAUCUUCCUGAAGGCACAUAUAUGCAAUCCUUUAAGUCGGCCAAGUCAGAAUAUUUUCAAGCAAUAAACUACUAUUCCGCAGCUAAGAGGCAACUGAAGUAUGUCAAUACUGAGGCCGAUAAAGUACUAUACCAUGAGGUUUACACACAGUAUGCCCAUACCUACCUGAGGCUUGGAAUGCUUUUGGCAAGGGAAAGCUUCUUAACUGACAGUUAUGAAGGUGGACUUGUCAAUGAGUCAUCUAACAGAACAGCUGUAGAGAUUUUAGCGAGUGAUGCUUUUCGGGAGGCUUUGUCUACGUAUGAAUCCCUUGGUGAACAUCGCAAACAGGAAGCUGCUUUUGGUCAUUUUCAGCUUGCUUGUUAUCAGAGGGAUCUGUGCUUAAGGUUUCUGGAUUUAGUUGACAAGGAGGUUAAACAGAAAAACGAGGAUAAAUAUCGUCAGAAAAGUAAGUGGUAUGGUUCACUAGCUGAGAAGAACUGGCAGAAGGCUUUAGAAUUUUAUGGGCCGAAGACACAUCCUACUAUGUUUCUUAACAUCCUUAUGGCGCAGUCUGCCCUUUCUAUUAAUAUUUCUAAUUCCUUCCACUCAACCGCGUAUACAGACCUCAAUGGUCAGUGAAAAUGGGCUAGCAUCUAGCAACAUAUAGGUUCAUCAUUUACCUAUAGAUGCUUGACACCGCUCUGACUCACUUGUUGGAAGGCCGGCAUGUGGUUGAAGCAAAUGAAGACAACUCCAACGAUAUGGAUCUGGACAUAAAACCGAAGUUCUGGUGCCAGCUGCAGAGCCUGCUGAAGAGGAUGCUGGCGGGAUCCCUGCCUAGCAGCACGGGCAGAGCAGCCUCUGUCAGCCAAGCCAGCACUAGCAGCAGAACAGAAACUUCUAAGCUGAAAGAGAUGUAUCGUUUGUCGCUCAAAUCUUCUACCCUGGGCCAGCUGCAUGCGUUGUACAAGCUUUGGGUAUCUUAACACCUUUAUUUUACAAAUGGUUGCUGCUCAUGUUUUAUAUCGUCGGCAUCUAUCUCUUGAAUUACAGAGUUUUUAUUUGGUGUUCACGGCACGUUUUUUUUGUUUUGAUUUCCAGCCAACUUUUAAAACUAAAUAUUAAGUGUAACCAUGGAAUGUCAUGGACGGGACACACUAGCUACUACAGUCUACAACUGUUUUGUAGACUUAUAUAAACAGCAAAUAAUGGCAUCCUAUGUGAAGACAGUGUAUUAUAUGUAUUGUAUCAUAGAGAGCCAAUGCCAAAAUAUCUGAAUGUAUGUGCCCUGCUUCACCGGGAAUGGAUAAAUGUUUGGAAAUUUC